AUGCAUAUACAAUCGAGAAUAAAUUGCAUGCCAUCGGAUCAACAUUUAUCAAGAAAAAACAGCCGCUCGGAUAAUUUCAUCCAUGUAAAUAUUCGAUCACCAAUUAGACGGAAAAUAACAAACAGCAAAUCUGUUACCUUACAUGGACGUUCACGAUCAGCUCCGAAAGUCAUUGAACAACUUUAUGAAAAACAAAAUAAUGAGAUUAAUAUUUCAUCGAAAACAAGUACGAACAGUUCGGAGACAAUCUAUCAGAAAUCAAGACAAUUAUUUCAAAACGAUUCCACUAAAUCAAAGAUACCACAAAAGAAAAAAUAUAAAUGCACACGGAAAUGUGCUAUUGGUUCUUUGCUGAUUCUAUCAAUAUUUGUUAUAAUCACAGUUUCGAUUUUAAUCAUUCUUCUUCUGUCGCGCAAAGCCACACGAACUAGAAGCGUUGCUGUUCCAAUACUUCGCUGGAAUACAACAGGAAUUACUGUGGCAGGAAUAUCACGUGUACUGGGUAAUAGCAGUGAUCAGCUCAAUAGACCAUUACAUGUAAUAUUAGAUUACUUAAAUACACUUUAUAUUGCUGAUUCCGAUAACAAUCGAGUUCAGAAAUAUUUGAAAAAUGCGACGAAUGGCACAACAGUAGCUGGAAACAGCACAGCCGGUUCAUAUCCGAACCAACUUGAUGAUCCCUCGAGUCUUUUAGUUGACGAAACCGGUGAUUUAUUUGUUGCAGAUUCCCUCAAUAAUCGAAUACAAUUUUGGCCAUUUUUAUCGAUGUCAGGAACGACAGUUGCUGGAAAUUCAUCAGGUUUUCCUGGAAAUACGAACAAUACGUUAUUCAAUCCAUACGAUGUUGUACGUGAUUCUAAAACAGGUACACUUUAUAUAACAGAUUUUUCCAAUCAUCGUAUCAUGUCACACGCCUCUGGUGCUUCAUCAGGCAAUAUAGUAGCCGGUGGAAAUGGAGCAGGAUUGAAUAACACACAAUUGAAUUAUCCUAUUAGAUGUUAUCUCGAUUCUGCGUUGACCAGUUUUAUAAUUAUCAAUAUGGACAACAACAACAUUGAUCGAAGUACAUCAACACUUUUUCGUACCCCUCGAGCCUUAACAUUGGAUCCGAUGGGUAAUUUAUAUGUGGCCGAUCGAGAUAAUCAUCGAAUACAAUUCUUUCUUAAUGGACAAUCCAAUGGCACGACAAUUGCUGGAAUAACAGGAAUCAGUGGAAAUAAUACAAAUCUAUUAAGUAAAUCACGAUCUGUGAUACUUGAUAGCCAACUGAAUCUAUAUAACAGACACAGAUAA